UUCCAGCAACUGGGAUUUGAGGAAUUUCGAGCUGCACUCCAAGGGGCCCGAGCUGUGCGCGGUGGUCCCCACCCCCAGCCGUCUCACCUCGCCUCCUCCUCCAGGAGGCGAACCGCGGAGGCUGUGCUGUGGCUGCUCAGUCCUGGCGACUAGCAGGAAAGAGGCGAGGUCUUAGAGAGGGGCUGACCUCUCGUGAGGAAGUUAGGGACUCCUCUGAAGAGACGGACGUGGCCGCAGAUUUCCAGAGCUAUGGGGACACCCCACCCGGCCUUCUUGGUCCUUGGCUGUCUUGUCACAGAGCUGAGCCUAAUCCUCUGCCAGCUUCCAUUGCCCUCCAUCCUUCCAAAUGAAGAUGAAAAGAUCGUGCAGCUGAAUUCGUCCUUUUCUCUGCGGUGCUUGGGGGAGAGUGAAGUGAACUGGAAGUACCCCAUGACUCCGGGAGACGUCCCCGACGUGGAGAUCAGAAACGAGGAAAACAACAGUGGCCUUUUUGUGGCGGUGCUGGAAGUGGCCAACGCCUCAGCGGCCCACACCGGCUGGUACACUUGCUACUACAACCACACGCAGACCGAGGAGGGCGAGGUCGAGGGACGGCACCUCUACGUCUACGUGCCGGACCCUGAAGUGGCCUUUCUGCCUCUAGAAAUGACAGAUUACAUAGUCCUCACUGACACCGAUGACUCUGCCAUCAUACCCUGUCGUACAACAGAUCCCAAAACUCCCGUAACCUUACACAACAGCCAGGGGCUGGUGCCAGCCUCCUACGACAGCAAACAGGGUUUCAAUGGCACCUUCAACAUGGGGCCCUACUUCUGCGAGGCCACCGUCCGAGGAAAGACGUUCCAGACGAUGCUGUUUAAUAUUGUUACUUUGAAAGCUGCACCACAGCUGGAUCUAGAAAUGGAAGCUUUGAAGACUGUGUACAAGUCCGGGGAAACGAUUGAGGUCACCUGUGCCGUCUUUAACAAUGAAGUGGUUGACCUUCAGUGGACUUACCCGGGAGUAGUGAAAGGCAAAGGCAUCCUGAAGCUGCAGGAAAUCAGAUUUCCGGCCAUCAAGUUAGUGUACACUCUGACCGUCCCUGAUGCCACAGUGAAAGACAGUGGGGAUUAUGAGUGUAUUGCUCGGCAUGCCACUGAAGAUGUCAAAGAAAUGAAGAGAGCCACCAUUUCCGUGCAUGAGAAAGGCUUUGUUGAGAUCAAACCCACUUUUGGCCACGAAGAAGCUGUCAACCUGCAUGAAGUCAGGCAUUUUGUGGUGGACAUACAGGCCUAUCCCCCUCCCAGGAUAUCCUGGCUGAAGGACAACGUGACUCUGAUUGAAAAUCUCACUGAGAUCACCACUGAUGUGGAAAAGAUUCGGGAAAUAAGGUAUCGAAGCAAACUGAAGCUGAUCCGUGCCAAGGAAGAAGACAGUGGCCAUUAUACUAUUGUAGUUCAAAACGAAGAUGAUGUGAAGAGCUACACUUUUGAACUGUUAACUCAAGUCCCUUCGUCCAUCCUGGACCUGGUUGAUGACCACCACGGCUCUGGUGGGGGACAGACUGUGAGGUGCACAGCCGAAGGCGUCCCUCUUCCUGACAUUGAGUGGAUGAUCUGCAGGGACAUCAAGAGAUGUAAUAAUGAAAGUUCAUGGACAGUUUUGGCCAACAACAUUUCAAAUAUUAUCACGGAGAUAUAUCCUCAGAGCAGGAGUAUUGUGGAGGGCAGAGUGACAUUUGCCAAAGUGGAGGAGACCAUUGCUGUUCGAUGUGUGGCCAAGAAUCUCCUCGGGUCUGGGAAUCGAGAGUUGAAGCUGGUGGUUCCCACCCUGCAUUCUGAACUCACGGUGGCAGCUGCAGUGCUGGUGCUGUUGGUGAUUGUGAUCAUCUCACUCAUUGUGUUGGUUGUCAUUUGGAAACAGAAACCGAGGUAUGAAAUUCGCUGGAGGGUCAUUGAAUCAAUCAGCCCUGAUGGACACGAAUAUAUUUAUGUGGACCCCAUGCAACUGCCUUAUGACUCCAGAUGGGAAUUUCCGAGAGAUGGGCUAGUUCUUGGUCGCAUCCUGGGAUCCGGUGCCUUUGGGAAAGUGGUGGAGGGAACAGCAUACGGGCUAAGCCGCUCCCAGCCUGUUAUGAAGGUGGCCGUGAAGAUGCUCAAACCUACAGCCAGAUCCAGUGAAAAGCAAGCGCUCAUGUCUGAACUGAAGAUAAUGACUCACCUGGGACCACAUUUAAACAUUGUGAACUUGCUGGGAGCCUGCACCAAGUCAGGCCCCAUUUACAUCAUCACUGAAUACUGCUUCUAUGGAGAUUUGGUCAACUAUUUGCAUAAAAAUAGGGAUAGCUUCCUAAGCAGGCACCCAGAGAAGCCUAAGAAAGAGCUGGACAUCUUUGGAUUGAACCCCGCAGAUGAAAGCACAAGGAGCUAUGUGAUUUUAUCUUUUGAAAACAAUGGCGACUAUAUGGACAUGAAGCAAGCUGAUGCCACACAGUACGUCCCCAUGCUAGAAAGGAAGGAGGUUUCUAAAUAUUCGGAUAUCCAGAGAUCGCUGUAUGAUCGUCCUGUCUCAUAUAAGAAGAAAUCUAUGCUAGAUUCAGAAGUCAAAAACCUCCUCUCGGACGAUAACUCUGAAGGCCUUACUUUGUUGGAUUUGUUGAGCUUCACCUAUCAAGUAGCCCGAGGAAUGGAGUUUUUGGCUUCAAAAAAUUGUGUCCAUCGUGACCUGGCUGCUCGCAAUGUCCUCCUGGCACAAGGGAAAAUCGUGAAGAUCUGUGACUUUGGUCUGGCCCGAGAUAUCAUGCAUGAUUCAAACUACGUGUCGAAAGGCAGUACCUUCUUACCUGUGAAGUGGAUGGCUCCUGAGAGCAUCUUCGACAACCUCUACACCACCCUGAGUGACGUCUGGUCUUACGGAAUUCUGCUCUGGGAGAUCUUUUCUCUUGGUGGCACACCCUACCCUGGCAUGAUGGUGGAUUCUACUUUUUACAACAAGAUCAAGAGUGGGUACCGGAUGGCCAAGCCUGACCAUGCCACCAGUGAAGUCUAUGACAUCAUGAUGCAGUGCUGGAACAGCGAGCCGGAGAAGAGACCCUCCUUUUACCACCUGAGUGAGAUAGUGGAGCACCUGCUGCCAGGACAAUAUAAAAAGAGUUAUGAGAAGAUCCACCUGGACUUCCUGAAGAGUGACCAUCCUGCUGUGGCACGGAUGCGUGUGGACUCAGACAACACGUAUAUUGGUGUCAUCUACAAAAAUGAGGAAGACAAGCUGAAAGACUGGGAGGGUGGCCUGGAUGAGCAGAGACUGAGUGCUGACAGUGGCUAUAUCAUCCCACUGCCUGACAUCGACCCUGUGCCUGAGGAAGAAGACUUGGGCAAGAGGAACAGGCACAGCUCACAGACCUCUGAAGAAAGUGCCAUUGAGACAGGUUCCAGCAGUUCCACCUUCAUCAAGAGAGAGGACGAGACCAUUGAGGACAUCGACAUGAUGGACGACAUUGGCAUAGACUCCUCGGACCUGGUGGAGGACAGCUUUCUGUAACUGGCAGAUCCAGCAGGCACCUUCCACUCCUGGAGCCACCUGUGGGUCCCUUUGAGAAAACCACUUUAAUGUAAUGCAAAGGUCGAGAAGAGGACUUGGAUGAUGGGUGAAGAGGACUUCCUGGAUGUGACUGGGGAGCCUUUUGAAUCUGAAUGCGUGGGAUUUUUGAAAUAAACUUUUUCGGUAUUGCCUCUUGCAAUGCUUCAGUAGCAUCUCAGCGGCCUGUGAAGUUUGGAAAUACACGGACAGAGAAUAACAGGCAGCAGAAAACGAGCCUUGUGUUUCAAGGGCAUUGGUGAGAUUUCCACAUACACAAUUUGUACUGCAACAAAACCCCAGCAUUGUAAUUAUGUAAAUAAUUCUAACCAAGGAUGUGUUUAGAUUUGUAUUAACUGUCUUCUCUGGACUUCUGAAGAGACCACUCAGUCCAUCCAUGUACUUCUCUCUUGGAACCUGGUAUCAGCUGCUGUUGAAUUUUCUUAUGAAGUACAUGCAGAACCACUUUUGAACCUUAAAAGGUACUGGUACUAUCACAUUUUACUUUUUUCAUAGUGUUAAAGAGAUAAAAGAUAACAACCAACUUUGUUUAAUAGAUUUGGGUCCUUUAGCAGCCCAACAACUCAUUUGUAUAUUGUAACCUAUGUUUAUAAUAAUACUACUGUUAUCAGUAAUGCUAAAUGUGUAAUAUGUAACAUGAUUUCCCUACAGAGAAAGCACAAUUUAAAGAAAAAAAACCCUUUACUAAGUAGGUGACAAGUUUGACAGUUUUUGACAUUUACAUUAAAUAACAUAUGUUUCUUUAUAAAAAACAUGAUAAUAGCUUUAGUGUAUUAAAUUUAAUAAACAUAGAGAGCAAAGUAUAAGUAGUAUUAUCUAGGAAGUCAAAGUUUUUAAUUAUGUACUGAAUAGGUUCCCUAAUCCAUUCUACUAAAACCAGUUAAUAACCUCUGAAGUAAUGGGAUUAGAAACAAACAAAACCCCCAAAUCCUAAAUGUUCUCAAUAGAAAGGCAAAAUCCUGUGGCCAACAUGACUUCUGCUGUGACCCAGUAGAAAUCACGAUAAUCACCAAAAAGAUUGGAUUCACUGAGGUUUCUUUCAUGACUAAUGCUAACUUUGGUGGAUGUACGAACCUUAAGAGUCAGAAGGAUGCCCUAACUUCAGCUCCUUUCUUUCAUCUCCUAGCCUAAAAGGAAGGAGUUUGCAACCCUGAGAUCAUAAAGGCGUCUUUUCAUGAAACCUUGUGUAUAUCAGCCUAGCUCUUCAGUUCCCAGAUGGAACUGGCAAUGGGAACCACUAGAUUCUGCAGAAUCCAGAAACUAUGCAUUAUGAAGUCUGACAGAGGCAGGAAACUGCAUUUUUGUAAACACUGUGUCCAUUCUGAUCAGCCAAUUUUCAGAAAUGCUGGCUUAGAUUACAGGAGGCUGCCAUGGUGGUGGUAUGUGAACAAUUUGAAAAUUGGAUCUGAGCUGGAAGUCAACCAUGCAGGAAGCCAACUAUUAAAGUCCUUGGCUUCAGGUCAGUGAUAUUUAAUAUAUAUAUGGCAAUUGCUACCCUUCAUUUUACUUUGCAUUCUUAGCUGAGGCUGAGAAAGCUAGAUUUUUGUUUUUUGGCACAUCUCCCAAAAUUUAAGGCAAAGUAAAAGUGCUGCUUCCCACUGCAUGGGGGACUUGAACUUGUCCCCCUCCAAGGAAAAAUGUGUAAAAAUUACCAAAUUCCAUGUACCAAAUCUGAAUAGCCAGGUCAAUAUUUUGGAGAGAAAGAUUGAAAAGUUUUCCUGGUAUUUUGGGUGCAGGUGGGAGGAUGGAUUGUCACAUCCAGCCGAACUGUCAAACUAGUUAGUGUGGGUUCAUUGGCAUUCUUUGCAGGGUGCUUAAUUGCCGACACUAUAUGAAUGAAACAUGGGCCGUGAUUACAGCAAUCACGAAUGUGCUUCCGGCAGGUGAUGCUUGGGAAGUUGGAGAAGCAAUAACAAGGUACUUGACUACCUACUGGUGGAAUCUCAAUGCAAGCCCCAACUUUCUUGUCCUCCUUUUCCAUAGUAAGUGUAAAGGCUGAGCCAGAUUGGCCAAUUAAAAAUGAAAGCCUGACUUGAUUCUGUAGAGCCAAUUAGACUUGAAAUACAUUUGUGUUUCUAGAAUCAUAGCUCAAGCAUUCUGUUUAUCACUCACCCUCCCUGUACAGCCUUAUUUUGUUGGUGCAUUGACUUCUGAUACUACUUUGAGUCUUGCAUGACAUUAUGAGACUGUAUGAAGAUUCUCACACUGGUGGUUUCCAGUCCGUACCAGUGCUCCCACCUGAAAUGAUGAGGGACUGCAGUUUUAAAAUGGUGUUUUCAGCGUUUUCCAGAUUUGUUUUCUUUCUUGGCCUCCUGACAAGUCCGCAGAAGAAAAUUUGCUAAUCCUUCCCACUUUCUAUUUCUAUGAUGACAAUCAAAGCUGGCCUGAGAAACACAAUUUGUGUUUUUUUUUAAAUGAUCAAUGAUAUUCUUAAAAUGUGGUCUGCCAAUCUGUACAAAAUGGUCCUAUUUUUGUGAAGAGGGACGUAAGAUAAAAUGAUGUUAUACAUCAAUAUGUAUAUAUGUAUUUCUAUAUAGACUUGGAGAAUACUGCCAAAACCUUUAUGACAAGCUGUAUCACUGCCUUUGUUUAUAUUUUUUUUAACUGUGAUAUUCCCCACAGGCACAUUAACUGUUGCACUUUUGAAUGUCCAAAAUUUAUAUUUUAAAAUAAUAAAGAGAAAAAUACUUACAUGUUCCCAAAACGGUGGUGUGGUAAAUGUGUGAGAGGAACUAACUGGAUGAGGUGGGGUCUACCCAUAUGAAAUGUAUUAUAAAUGCCCCGUUCAUGUUUUUAUUUUAAAACGUGUAAAUGAAGAUCUUUAUAGUUCAAUAAAUGAUGUAUAUCUAUAUAUU